AUGCAAGGAUGCUUGGCAUCUUUGCUUCGCGUUCAAUCAGCUCUGCAAACGCUGUACCGCCAAUACAAAACCAAUAUUGACUUUCCAAGUCAGCUGCGUGUUUUUGGUGAGUCUCUAUUUUGGGAAGAGCUAAAAGAAGCAGAAGCCGUUAUCGCGCCAAUAUCUUACGCAUCGUUUCGUCUUCAGCGAGAUGAGAAUACCCUGGGAGAUGUCGUGCAAUCAUUUCGGGAAAUUUAUGAGGGUUUCCAGCAACAUCUUGUCCGUCGUAACAAACUAGUUGAGUGCGUUGAGCAUCGUUGGGCGCAGUGUGAGCAGCCCCUGUUUAUGAUUGGCUUUGCACUACAUCCAGUGUACGCCGAGAUCGCCCGAGAGUUACCUGAGACCGCUGUAUCGGGAACUGGCACGUUGUGCAAGAUUGCUGUUUACUAUUUCCGGCGACUGUUUUCUACUGAGGAUAUUUGCGAGAUACGACGUGAUAUGCUGGCCUGGAUGAAAGGUCGCUUUACCCGAACGAAGCCUAGCGAGGUUCUCUCUAUUGCAGUAAAUACUGCCACAUGCGAGCGUCUCUUUACAUGUUCGCAAUCGGUCUAA